AUUUGCGAAUAUUUAAAUCUUAAUCGCCUUAAAGGAACAUUUCUAUUUAAACUAAUAUAUACCUCAAAUUUCUUGCCGCUAAUUAUUGUGAACUUUUAUAUUGUGAAACCUGUUUAUGGUCUCCAAAAUUUCCACGUAUGCCAUGGAUAUACGUGAUACGAAGCAAUAUUAAAGUGCAAUUAUAAGUGUAUAGUCCCACAAUGGAUCCCGGUUAUUUUGAUACGGAGAGAGAGCAGAACCCGCGAGAGAAAGCGAAUUUGUUUUCUAAAACAUGCUUUUGGUACACUCGACAGUUAUUCGAAAAGGGCAGAAAAGGGCAGCUCAGCAUAUCCGAUGUUUACAGAUGUACACCAGGUCACAGAGCUGCCCCUCGCGGUGAUGUAAUGAGUGAAGUAUGGAAAAAUGAAGUUAUGAAACAAGAUAAAACAAAAAAGCCAUCACUUCUCCGUUGUAUAAUAAGGAUAUAUGGAAUUAAAUUUCUUAUGGCGAAUAUUAUAUUUGCACUAGUUGAUACCUCACUUAGAAUAUCAACGCCUAUGUGCCUCGAGGGUCUUAUUAAUUACUUUUCGCCGUCGCACGCUGGCGUCAGCACGUCCGAAGCGUACUUGUAUGCGCUUGGAGUUGUAAGUUUUAUGGCGUUGAACGCCAGUUUUAUCCAUCCAAUGUUACUAUUUCUGUUGGACAUGAGUAUGAAGAUCAGGGUGGCUUGCUGUUCUUUGAUUUACAGAAAGCUUCUCCGCCUAGAUUUAACAGCUGGCGGCAAAGCCUCCGAAGGUUUAGCGGGUCACGUGGUCAAUCUCCUGACGACGGAUGCCCAAAGAUUCGAUAUGGCCAGCCUCUUCAUGAUCGAUCUGGUCAGGACACCGAUAGAGAGUGUCAUCAUAGUCUACCUCAUGUAUCGCCAGAUUGGGAUCUCCUCAAUUAUUGGAGUCGCUUUCUUGAUCAUGUUCAUACCUUUACAGGGUUAUUUGGGAAAGAUUUCAAGCCGUUUCCGUCAUCAAACAGCCGUUCGUACGGACAACAGAAUCCGUUUGAUGAAUGAAGUGAUCCAAAGCAUUGAGGCUAUUAAAAUGUACGCUUGGGAGAAUGCUUUUGCUAAUAUCAUUGGGAAAGCUCGGAAGAAGGAAAUGAAUGUCAUAAAGAAGAUGUCAUGGCUGCGAGCGGUUAUGAUAUCAUGCGUCAAACUUAACACAAAAGUUGCCAUAUUUAUUAGUAUAAUAUCGUUUAUUUCGUUUAAAAACGAUUUAACUGCCGCCAAAGUUUUUGUUAUUUUCUCCUAUUACGAAAUGUUGAAAUAUACUUUAGUUGAUUUUUUGCCACUGGCAAUCACGUUUACGUUGGAGGCAUAUGUCAGUGUGAAGCGGAUGCAAGAGUUUUUAUUAUUACCAGAAGUUGAAAAUCAAGAUGGGGUCGAUUUGAUUAAUAUUGAAAAGAAAGAAAUGAAAAGUAAUGGUGUGUUCGAAAAGAUUGGAAAUGGGCAACAGGCGUACAUAAAAUCAGAAUCAAAUCUAGAACAAUUGAAACCAGAAAUUCUACUCAAUUUUAAAGAUUACACAGUAUAUUGGAAAAAUGUUGAAGAAGACGUAUCGGAUAGAAAAACACCCGCUUUGAUGGAUAUUAACUUAGUGAUAAAACCAGAGACACUUACAGUGAUAGUCGGUACAGUUGGCUCUGGUAAGUCCACACUAAUACAGGCGAUGUUGAAGGAACUCAUACCUAGUACGGGCACGCUCAACGUACGCGGUACUUUGGCGUAUGCUGCACAAGAGCCUUGGUUGUUUGAUGCGUCCGUUCGCCAAAACAUAUUAUUUGGACAGGACUUAGAUCUGAGAAGAUACAAGCAAGUGAUAAAGUGUUGUCAGCUGAAAACCGAUUUAGAAAUUUUGUCACAUGGGGACAAGUCUGUAGUAGGGGAAAGAGGUACGUCUCUGUCGGGCGGGCAGCGUGCACGCAUUUCCUUAGCGCGUUGCGUAUACCAACACGCUGACGUCUAUCUCUUGGACGAUCCCUUAGCUGCUGUUGAUGCUAAGGUAGCCCAAGCGAUAUACGAAGAGUGUAUACGUGGUUUUCUACGCGACAAAGCAGUUGUCUUGGUAACACAUCACGUACAGUACGCACGACAAGCGAACAACGUGUGCGUCAUGAGAGGAGGAAAGAUGGUGGCACAAGGAACUUACCAUGAACUCAAAAAUGGAGUACCGGAGUUUGAGCAGCUUAUAGAAAUGGGAGAAAGGGUGGAAGAAGAGAAACAGAAGCAGAAGGUGACGUCAUAUGAAAAUAAGGAGAGUAUGGAGCACUCUCACGUUCUUCGCUCCCAAAGGUCAAUGUCUGAAGCAUCUCAGCUGUCCUUCAAUCUGGAUUUAGACAAUAAUUCAGAUCCCAAAUAUGAAGGUGAAAAUCAAAACAAGGGUUCAGUAUCCAGUGGCGUAUACGUUUCGUACAUAGCGAGCGGCGGUGGGAAGUUUACAAUGCUGCUACUUCUCUCACUGUUUUUAGUAGCGCAGGUGUUCUACUCGUCUACAGACGUCUGGCUGAAAGAAUGGGUAAACUUGGAAGAGUCAAAUAGUGCUCAGGGCAUAGCGAUACGAAACAACGCAACAACACCUGAAGUUAUAUACGAAAACCUGCCCCGUAACAGAUGGCACCUAACACGCGAACAGUGUGUCUACAUAUACGCCUCACUUAUCGGCAUUUGUAUGUUUUUCACCUGGAACAAACUGCUGGUUUUCUACAACACCUGCAUUCGUGCUUCUGUACAGCUCCAUGAUACAAUGUUCAGGGGCGUCACGAAUGCACCGAUGUGGUUUUUCAACCACAAUCCUUCUGGAAGGAUCCUGAACCGGUUCUCGAAGGAUAUGGGCCAAGUUGACACAUUGCUGCCCGUCGCUUUGGUGGACUGUCUUGGAUUCUUCCUGGAAGUUAUAGGUAUCCUGAUAGUGGUGUGUUUAGUGAAUUGGUGGUUGCUACUCCCAACGGCGGGUGUAGCCUUCCUUCUCUUUCUUUUACGAGCUCUGUUCCUCAGCACCAGUCGAGAAUUAAAAAGAAUUGAAGCUAUAGCCAGGAGUCAAAGCCUGAACCAUGCGGCGGCGACUGUGUCAGGCCUCGCUACGAUCCGUUCGACGGGCGAACAGCAGCGUACACUCGCACGCGAAUUUGACAAGCUCCAAGAUCUCCAUAGCUGUUCGUGGACUCUGGUACUCACAACCAAUAGGGCUUUUGGAUUCUGGAUGGAUAUGGUCUGCUGCCUUUAUCUGGCUACCGUCACUUUUAGCUUUUUCCUCUUCGCUAGCGAUGGAACCAUGGGUGGAAAUGUCGGUCUGGCGAUAACUCAAGUGAUAGGUCUUGUGGGGAUGUGUCAGUAUGGGAUGCGGCAAACCGCUGAAGUCGAGAAUCAAAUGACAUCUGUUGAAAGAAUUCUUGAAUACACCAAUCUUCCUCCAGAGACGCCGGUGGAACCAGAUCAGAAAGCCUUGAAAGCUCAGUGUCCGAACUUAAACUUUGAAGAAUGGCCUGAUCACGGAGAAAUAGUCUUCGAAGAUGUGUCACUGGAGUACGAGAAACCGCCAAAGCAAGAAGCACCGGAACCGGCUCCUAAGAUAGAAGAAACGUCAUACGCCAUUCGGGGUGUUAGCUUCUCAAUACGGCCAGGGGAAAAAGUAGCUGUGGUUGGAAGAACUGGAGCCGGAAAGAGUUCUCUUAUUGCAGCUCUGUUUAGAUUAAACAAGAUAACUGGAAAGGUAUCAGUGGACGGGGUGUCAGCGGAGUUGGCCGGUCUUCGUACGUGGAGAUCCCGCCUUUGCGCGUUGCCACAGAGGCCGGCCUUGUUCGCAGCUACGUUGAGGGACAACUUGGAUCCGGAACAGAAGUAUAGCGAUGCACAAAUACACGCUGCGUUGCAUGAGGUAGAACUCCAAUCGCUAGUCUCGGCUCUCCCAGGGGGGCUCUCUUCUCGAGUUGGUGAUGGAGGGGGGAACCUUUCGAGUGGACAAAGACAGCUCGUGUGCUUGGCUCGAGCGGCUUUGGCGAGACGAGCCGUGCUGGUCCUGGAUGAGGCUACAGCUAAUGUAGACACGGAAACUGAUCGUCAAAUCCAAAGCACGAUUCGCAGUAAAUUCGCGAGUUCCACAGUCCUCACAAUCGCACAUCGGUUGAACACCGUGAUGGACUAUGACAGAGUAAUCGUUAUGGACAAAGGUCGCGUUGUGGAGUCUGGUCAUCCAUUUGAACUGUUGACGACCACCGCACAAUCGAAGCUGGAGAAUCAGCCCCGACGCACACUUCUGUCCAAAAGCCAGGCGCCAUUGGCAAUUCCAGAAAACUUUGCAUUCCAAUCGUCUGGCGAACGUCAUGAAGAAUCCGAGACCCUCAUUUUGUCCAAAGAUAGGAUCAGAACUUACUCUAAUAGAUCCGAGUUGAGUGAGCCCGAAGGUGGCAUCUUCAAGGUGCUAGUGGAACAGACCGGACCGGAGACUGCCGCCAUGUUGUACAAAAUGGCGGAAGAGAGUUACAAGAAGCUUCAACAGAAAAAGAACGCUUAGUUUUUAUUAUAAUGUACUUAACACUGCCUUAUACACUUCUUAAAUUUAUAACAAUAUUUGCCUUUCAAAGUAUAUGAUUCCAUAUAUAGAACACAAGAACAAUUUAAAUAGAAAUUAUAAGAAUUGUGAUGUUAAUUUUUUUCAGACUAUAAAUAGUGUUAAUGAAAAAUCAACCCGAAUUUAUUUUUAAUGAUACCAAAUCAUAGUCGAGUUGAGGUGCUAAUUCCAAGAAUGCAUUUAGAGUUUAAAGGUUGUUUCUUGAUUUUACGUUUCCAUAAAAUUAAGAAUACAGGAAAGCUCUUCAUAAAAACUAAAUCAGUUUUUAAAUUUGCUUAGAAAAUCUAGAUACGAACGAAUUGCUCACACUGAAUGAAGUGAGUCUUAUUUGAUUUAGUUUUUAUAUGGUGCUUUAACAUGUACCUUUAAAAAUGUUAUCUAAAGGUAUCGUCUUUGUUAGCAAUCGUUUAUCGUAAAAAACGUGGACUAUAGAUAUGCAAUAAACAGUAUUUUAGUUGAUAUGAUUUUCUUGUAAUUUGUAACGAACACGGUACUAUUUAUAGUCCACGUAAAAAGGCUUGUUUUACUUUUAUAGCGUCAAUUAAAUGUUUUGGUAACUCACAAAAUAGCAAAGAGACCAACUAUUUAAUUGUGAAGCUUUUACUACUUAAUAUUUAAAAUGUACCUGCUUGCGAAAUUAUUCGAAUUUAAUCUUCUUUGGCCUUAUAAAACGUGGACUAAACUGUAUUAGUUACUAUGGUUACCGUUUCUACGUGCACUAGCCGCGUCUAGUCCGCGUUAUAUACGGUGUCAAUUUAAUAUCUUUAUGAAAAGUUAUUAUUAUGCAAUUGUACCAGGAUUCAUACAUACAUAGUAAGUGUUUUUAAAUACAAAAGCCCCAGUACUUAAACUAAUUAGUUAUGUUGUACUCGAAAUUUUAUUCUACAAGUGAUAUCAAAAUUACUUAAAUUUAUUGUUAUAAAACGCUUGUUAACAGUUGUUUUAAAACGAAAUUUACUUUUGACAAUUAAACACAUAUUAAAGAUCUCGUAUGGAGUGGAGGCUUACAACUAUGACUUCCAUAAUAUGUCAAACUACACACGGGAGUUAUACUGCUAGGUAUGUUUUAAUCGUUUCUUUUGCUUUCAAUAACUAUUUAUUUACACAUAUACACUAUUGUCAAUUUAAAUUAAAAAAAAAACAUAUACAAUAACAUACAAUGCAAUACCAAAGUACGUCAAUUUGUGGGUAAUUUAAGACUGAUUACCUUGCCUUUACUAUAUAAUUUCAUUAUUAAAUAAAUAAACUACAAAUGUCUAAGAGAAUCGAGAAUCUUCUCAAACUAAACUAAAACACAACUCUAUUGAAAUAUAAGACUUUGUGUUUAGGAUUUUUACCAAGUCUUAAAAAUCAACUCCUGCGCAUCUAUUAGUAAUGUGGCGAAAACUAUAGUAAUUUUUGAAGAGAAAAUCACUUUUUAAUAGUAAAAAUACAAAACUUAGAUAUGAUCUAAGUUUGUGUUUAGAUGAUUGUUCUGGACUAAAAUACUGAAUCGGUAUAGAGAAACUUUGUGUUCAAAUGAUUUUUGAAUUUAGGGGGCGUCCAUAAAUUACGUGAGGUGUUUAAGGGGGGGAGGGGAGGUCUCGGCAAAUAUCACGCAAUUUUUUUUCUGAUUGAAACAAAAAAAAUUAUACUAUUUUGUCCAUUUAAUCCAGAUUGUCAUGCUUAAGAUUUAAUCUUAAGCGUAAUCGUAAUACGAUUAAGAUCACUAGUCGUAAAUAAACGCACGAAGCAAAUUUGUUUUUUUCUUUUUACAAUAAAAAUCCAACGCGUUUACGUAAGAAACUUACAUUUUGAAAAAUCUCACCUGAGAUCGGUGGAUGGGGGAAGGGGUUGAAUAAAAUCUCACGACAUCUCACCAUGCAGAAAAUAAAAAAAAACACCUCACGUAAUUUAUGGACGCCCCCUUAU